AAGGCGGAAGGGAAGGGGGGGGGACAAGAUGGCGGCGCUGCCAUCGCUGAGGGCUCCGCUGAGGGCUCCGCUCUGCGCUCUGCUGUGCCUGACCCUGGCCGCCGCCACCCACGGCAAGCCGAGCCCCGUGAAGGUGCUGUCGGACGGGAUGUGGCGGGAGCUGCUGCAGGACGAGUGGAUGGUGGAGUUCUACGCGCCCUGGUGUCCCGCCUGCGAGAACCUGCAGCCCGAGUGGGAGAAGUUCGCCGAGUGGGGAGAGGACCUGGGGGUGAACGUGGCCAAAGUGGAUGUGACGGAGCAGCCGGGGUUAAGUGGGCGGUUUAUCAUCACAGCUCUCCCUACCAUCUAUCACUGCAAAGAUGGAGAGUUCAGGAGAUACCAGGGAGCAAGGACUAAAGCUGCCUUCAUUAAUUUCAUCAGUGACCAGGAGUGGAAAUCCAUUGAACCAGUGUCCUCCUGGUUUGGUCCUUCCUCUUUCCUGAUGAGCAGCAUGUCAGCCUUGUUCAAGUUGUCCAUGUGGAUCAGGCAUGGCCAUGGCUAUUUAACAGAAAAUCUUGGAAUACCAGUCUGGGGCUCCUAUGCUGUUUUUGGAUUGGCAACUCUUUUCUUAGGAAUGGUCCUGGGACUUAUGAUGGUGUUCCUGGCAGACUGCAUCUGUCCCUCCAAGAGGCACAGACCACCACAGCUCCAGCCUCAGUCAAGGAAACAAGGUCCAGAGCCAGCUCAUCUGCUGAAAAACACGUAUGAAGAGCAAGAAGCAGAUGAGGGAGAUAUCUCAGAUGAUGAAGCAGAGGGGAGCAGGAGAGACUCAUCCCCAGGUGGUAUCCGGCAGCGCCCCGUGCCCAGUGGUGCUUCACAGGAGAAAUCUUAGCUGCAUUUGCACCAGGAUUAGUGUUUGAGGCAGCCACUCACAGGGAGAUCAAUGUCAAAUCCUCCAGCUUGAAGAGAAGAAUGAAUCCUGGCUUGGUAAUGUUUUAUGAAUUCGGAGGAAAUAAUAAUAAUAAUAAAAUAAAAAAGCAUCAGGUAUUCCAAAGGAAAACUUGCUGUUGCAAAUAGCUGGAACUUCUCUUGUCUGUGUUCAGAGAAGUGCCAAGGAAUAAUUGCUGUGGCUUCUGGAAUGGUUUGUUCCCUAGGGAUUAUUUGGAAGAGAAUGUAAACCAGAGUCAUUCUUCCAUUAGGGAGCAUUGGCAAGGAAAAUGCACUCACCUGGUUGUUGGUUAAACCUCCCAAAAGGGUUCCCUGUUCUUAUACUGUUUCUCAGUAUAAAUCUCUCUAGAUGUGCCCUGAAGAAAUGCUGAGGGGAAAAGUUCCUUUAGUUAUGGAACUAAAAUUCCUUUAGUUUAGGCUUUUUACAUGACAAAAACUGCUUUUUGCUAUGACAAUGAGAGCUGCAAACCCCUCCCAACCUUUUUUCUUACCAAGAGCUGAUGGAACUUAGCACAAGCACUCUGCAGUGGGAUCCUCUGGCUGACAGAAACCUGCUGCUUGCAUCCAUUUCUUCCAGAAAAAGCUGUAGAAAACUCUCUGAGCUUCUUGGCAAAGUGGUUUUUCUCUAGGAACAAGUGACAAGCAGCACCUUGAAGUCUUGUCUGUCUCUGUGACUCCACGUGGCAAUAGUUUACAUGCAGGGUUCUCUGUGCAAAUCCUCUCCAUGCCUCCUCCUGGAUGCCAGCAGGACUCUGCUUGUUUUUAAUCCAUCAUUUCUUAUUCAAAUCGUGCUGCAAAUCCAUGCAGGCUGUACCUGGCCUGAACUUAAAAUCACUCCUUUCUAAUUCUUCUACAGAACCUUUUUUUUUUUUUUUUCCUGUUUUCACAAAACCAUUUUGGACCAUUAAACCUGAUUUUUUUCUUUAAAAAGAAAAAAAAAAGUAGUUUACUCUUGUCUAUAUGGUGUUUGUUUUCACUCUGUAUAGAAAUAAAAAGAAUGCACAUUCCCAUUGGACCGGUGUGGUAAAGAGUUUUCCAUAUUCUUUUGAUUAAAUUCCAAAGUUUUUGCAAGGGAAGGAUGAGCCUAAUAUGAGCACACUUAGAUUUUUUUGACAAGCCUGUUUCUGGGUUUUUUUUUUUUGUUUGCUUGUUUAGCUUUAUGGGUUUUUAGCUUUUAUUUUUAGUUAUUUAGGUUUUUUUAGUGUUUAGGUUUUAUUUGUAGUUAUUUAGUGGUUUUUUUUAAUUGUUCUUUUCCCCCCCCCUUUUUUUUUUCUUUUCUCUGCAUUGGUGCUCUGGCAUGACUUGACUUCAGUGCUGUGUUAGAAAGAUAAACUGAUGUCUGAAAGGGUGUUUUUGGCUGAAAUCUGAAUGUCCCUCUCCUUUUUUAAAGAUAAAACCUCUCCUGGUAUUGGAAUGAAGACCACUGUGUGUCAGAAUUGCCCUUAAGGUGUUGGUUUUGUGGAAUUGCCUUAAAUUCUCUAAAAGUUCCCAUCUCUUAGCCUUUGGUACUCAUAAAUAAAGCAAUAAAUAAAUAAAUACUGAGGAGAAGUUGUAGCACUGGCUUUGAUAAGUGGUGGUUUUGGAGAGGGCUUGAGAAGACAGAGAUGUUGUAGCUGGUAGGAAAAAGUAUUGAAUUGUUUCAAGAGGUGAACUCUGCUUACUCCAUUUGGGAUUUAUUUAAAUGUAGCUUUUUUAAGUGCAGAGGGUUCUAAUUUUUCAGUUCCAACCAAACUUGGUGCAACAGAGAGAGGACACCCUGCUGACUUGUUGCUAACUUUUUAUUUUAAAAGAACACCCAACCUUUCCUUUGUUCUGCUGGACUUGUGGGCUCCUGCUUGAACAAGAACUUCCAGCAUGAAUUUACUUUUUUUUCUCUGCCUGCUGCUCACUUCUCCCUGCCUUAGGCACAGCACCAAAUCCCAAACCUGCCUCGUAGGGGAGACUGUUCCCAGCUAGAAUCCAGCAACUCCUGCUUGGAUUAUCCACAGGCAGCCUCUGCUGAGCUCUGCUAAUCUCACCCUUCAUAUUUUGCAUAAUAUUAUGGUUUUGUCCUGUGAAUAUUUAAGUUCCUUGAUUGAUUUUCUUUGUUUUAAAAAUGUCAAUUCCAAAGAUGUUUACUGAGACUGAGUGGUGUAACCUGAGUGUGAGAGCCUGUCCUUUGUGUGUUUUGAUGUUGCUUGAAUAUGAAUUUUGUAAAAACCAGACUGCCCUUUGCAUAUCAUCUGGACCAGGCCUGUUUCAUUCCAGAAAGAAUUAAUGACAAUAAUGUAACAAUAAUUUCUCAGAGAGUCUUCAAGUAAAAAAUAAUCACCAGCUUUGGA